AUGAAAUUCUUUCCCAAUCCCAUCACCGUGCUGGGGGGGUUGCUGCUGGGUGUUGCGCAUGGCAUAUCGGUCCAGGAGAACUAUACGAUAUGCAACUGGGCUCGAUUACGAGCGGGAGUCAUCCGUGACGCCCUCUACCUCGACGGUGGUCUGCUGUGGUGGCAAACGGCCUUUGCAGAUGGAACGACCCCCGUCGUGAGCAGUGAUGGCAACGUCGAGGGGGAUAUGUUCGUUCUGAACUUCUCGACGCCGUUCGACACCACCAGAACUAACGUGUCGGGCCUGUUUCAUCGGAUGCCGAAGGCGGGUGGCGCAGGAAACAACAUUGCGCCGAACUAUGUCGAUGGCACUAUGUUCACCAAUGACGGGGAGCUGUACCUCUAUGGUGGUCUCCCCCGUCUCACCGAUUCCGCCUCCCCGCAAAGCGCCGAAACCGUCCUGGGAUAUGAAGCGUACCAGUACGGCCCCGACAGAGCCAGCUGGAGUCCCGGCUUCUACCAGGGCAAUCUGCCGGACGGCGUCACGAGAUACAUCACCAACGGCGCGGGGGUGUCGGCGCCCAGCGAAAACCUGGGGUUCUACUUCAGCGGCAUGCGGUCGCCGACAUGGGGCCCGAUAUACUACGAGGACUCAUCCGCCAAUGUGACGGCCAAUACGCUCAUCGAAGUGGACAUGUCGGUCAUGAGGAGCGAGAAGUGGACAAACACGACGCUCCCGGAUAACAUCCCACCGCGCGCCAACGCCGAGUUGGUCUGGAUCCCCGUGUCUGAGAAAGGCGUGCUGGUCGCGAUUGGCGGCGUCUCGGCGCCCGAGGAGAUCUGGGCGUCGGGAUUGAACAACUCGCAGACUUCUCAAAGUGAGGCGCAGAGCCCUGGGUUCAUGACGACCCUGCCGGUCUAUGACAUCGCCUCCAGCACUUGGCAUCUCCAGAAGACCAGUGGCCAAGCUCCGGGCCAGCUCACCGAGUUCUGUUCGGUGGUCGCAACAGCCAAAGACUCCUCGUCCUUCAAUGUCUACAUCUACGGUGGCUACGACGGACUGAACGCGGCCGAUGAACCGUCGGACGACGUCUGGAUCCUGUCAAUUCCGUCGUUCCAAUGGGUCAAGGCGUACAGCGGGAACACGUCUCACGGCCGCUCGGGCCAUCGAUGUGUCACCCCAUACCCUGACCAAAUGUUUGUCGUCGGCGGAAUCCACCAGAAUCAGGCUGAGUGUGUUGAAGGAGGCAUCAUCCAGAUUUUCAACCUCAACAAUCUCGAGUUCCAGAACACCUACGACCCCUCGACCUGGUCGGACUAUCAGGUACCCGCCGCCGUCACGAAGGUUAUCGGGGGUAAUGCCCAAGGCGGCUCGACCAAAACCGCAGCCUGGUCCGAUGGUGCGCUGGCUGGUAUCUUUGCGAAGUCGUACUCGAGACAGAUCACGAACUACUACCCAUACCCGGUCAAUGGCUCCGCAGUGGGCUCGUCGGGGGAUGGACACUCGGGAGUCAGCAAAGGCGCCAUCAUCGGCAUCGGUGUUGCCGCCGCCGUGAUGCUCAUCCUUCUCCUCAUCCUCAUAUUCCUCCUCGUCCGGCGCCGGCGCAUCAUCAACAGCGGCUCUUCAGAGAAAUCGUCGCACUCAAGCAACAGCCGAAUCACGCGCUGGCUGAAUGGGGCUUCAUGCGCCGCCGUGAGUCCAAAGCGCCCACCACAUCAGAUGCGCCAUUCCUCUCAAGGGACGCCUCCAGAGGUGCAGCAAGUUGGAUAUACCUCGCUGUCGGAAGAAGCGACUCCUCCACAGCAACCCGAGCGUCAUGAGAUGGCCAACAACACAGAACGUCCCAAGCCGCCUUACGAACUGGCCACGCCGUACAACAAUCUCGGCCACCCGCGUCACUCCGGGAUCGUCGACUACGCAUAUAAUGCCAAUUUCGGACACACACAUUCACAGUCGACGUCUUCCGAGGAUGUGUACCGUCCGUCUCCAUUGAGCAACAGUUUCAACGGCACAGCUCCCACGAACGGCAACGCCGGCACCGGCGCCGCCGGUGCCACCUCACCUUUGCGGAGUGUUCGCUUCCCGCCGCCGGGCACCACGCCCGACAUCUCCAGCCCCAGCCAGGAGAACUCGAGCUCGUCGAACUACUCGUCGACGGGCACCAACGAGACACUCGCGUGGCCAUUCCCAGCCACCCAGAACAACUGGCGGAACGGCAACAACAACAACAACAGCAGCAGCAGCAGCAGCCGGGCGCGCAACACCAACGCGAUGCGCUUCCCGUUCGACCGCGACCGCAGCAGCGAGACCAGUUCCGUGCAGCCGAUCAUCGAGGAGCAGGAGCCGGAGCCCGGGUCGCGGCGGCAGAGCGUCGCCCACGAGCUGCCGGCCGACAACGACAAGGACGCGCGAUGGCCCCAGUACCAGCACGGCAACGAGAGCGCGAGCAGCGGCAUCGGCACGCUGCCGAGUCCCACGCGGGCAGGCGGCGGCGAAGCCCCGGAUGAGGAGCACGGGAGGCGAAGUCUAUUCGACACGAUCAGUCCGGUGAGUCCGACCGUGGGGAGGAAUUGGAGGCAUUGA